UGAUUUUUUUUCUAAUACAAAACAUACAACUGUAAAUGAUACAUGUUCCUUUGGAUGGGCACCCCCAAAUCCUUCGAAUCAUGCUGAGAAAUGCUGCCUUUGGCUAAACAGAGGGCAGCUUUGGCCUCCCUGUUUUAGGCUCUGCACUGUGCUGUCCCAGCCCAGAGUCAGUCUGUCCGGGGACUACAGGCAGUGUCCUCAACAGCCUGUUAGGAUGGGGGUUUGGAAUGCUCAACCUGCAGCCGUUGGCUUAGUUCGUUGCCGCCACCCUGCUUCUCCUUGGGAAGGUUUCUCUGCAGGCACCAUCGCAGAGACUUCUUCCAGCCUGAGAUCCACAGUCACGACAGAGGCAGCCCUCUGUGUGGGGCUGGCUCCAGCUCAACUUUGGCUCUCAGGAGUGGGACUGUACGGCCUGCCUAGGACACUAAGCCCUGCUCUAUCUGAGAGUGGCAGGACCUGGUGGGUGCUAGGUUCCUCCCCACUGCCCUACGGACCCACGAGGAGACAGUUUAGGAUGUCUUCUCAGCCGACGUCUGCUGAGAAAUCCAGUUUCCUGAGAGUAGCAUUUCCCUCUCUAGACUCAGGAGGAUUGAUUCUUAACUGCUUGCCAAGGAGAUGGACCAUCUUUCUGACGCAAGGAAGAAGGAUUUGGACCUGUCACAUUCUCAGACCAAAGACUCACAUCUGGUUCUCAAGUUUCCAUGAAACACUGGAAGAGGGAGGCUCAGCUGGGAGUCCUAGCAAUCAACCUAAAGAAGCUGCGUGGCCCACGAGAGCCAGUGAGCUGUACAAAGAACAUCUCAGAGAAGAGUGGAAGGGAUCCCAUGUAACACUCAGAAUGAAGAAAGCUAAAAAAGACCAGUCAGGAUCCAAAUGUAUCACAAGAUAAAAUGGGGCAUGGUUUGCUCUGAGCAACUGACAGAAUA